UUUACCUACAGAUAUCACUAGGGAUAUUCACAGCCUGGCAAGUUGCAUAUAUCCUUUGGGGCUACCUCAUCAUGCAUCUGUUGGAAACGGUGCUUGGAAUGGUUCUCAUGUAUGUUCUGAUUUUGCCCAUGAAGCGUGGUGAGUGGAUGGAACUUCUCAACAAGUGGGGGCUUGUAAUCCUUCCAAUCAUCAUCGUCAUGAUUAUCAAGAAGGUGCAGAUUUUUGUAGCUGGCAGGGUUUUUCUCCAGCCAAAGAUAUCACCUAAAGACAAGGAGAAGCCUUUGGCGCUUGACAACCGGAAAAUAUUCGUGAACUUCAUCUACUUUUUGUUCUUCCACUCGGUGGUGGUCGGCCUGGCUUCUUGUCUCUGGAGACUGCUGCGUAGUGUCAUUCUCGGAGCGUGGCUGGUGGGACGAGUUGAUAGGCCCAUUAUGCCAAAAGGGUUUGAAGAAUGGGAUAAUGGGUUCAAAACCUGGAUUCAAAUGCUGUUCCUGGACCAUUACCACACAAAUCCCAUCCUGGUUUGCUUCUGCCACAUCCUCUGUACCCAAAACAGAGAAAGACAAUUGCAGACAGCCAAAAUGGACAUUACUGGUGCUGAGUCCAUGAAGACAGUCUCUGGGACACGAGACAAAGCGAAGACAAGAUGGCUGCUGCUCUACACACUUUUGAACAAUCCUCCUCUCCAGAAAUUCAGGAAGCAAAGAUUAGAACCUCUGUCUGUGGAUUCUCUACUGCAUUGAUACUCUACCUGUGGCUGUAACAGAACUAAAUACUAAGCCUGCCCAUUGCACACAGUUUGUCUUCCUGGGCUCAGGGUUCAGCAGGAUGUCAGCUGUCAAGAUCCUGGCCAUAAUGCUACAAAGUGUUUGCAAUAUGGGGGGGGGGGAGUUCCUAAAGCAUACCUGUUUGGAGCUGCUUGCUGAUAGCUUGUUUAUACAGUACUGUUUUCCAAAUAAGUACUUCCUAUGUUGCCAGUAUUUUGUAUGCCAUGAAAUGCUCCAUACCUUGACCCCAAGACAUUUUGGCUUGUCUUGGCACAAGGAAUUGCUAACAAACUAUGCACAAACCAUUGUUUUUGGGUAGAUUAAUUGGUCUCUUAAGACUGCCUGUGAACAUAAUUCUUUCAUCUGUAAUUGGGCAAUGAUCUGACUUGCAAGGUCGUUUGAAAUGAAAAGCCAAACCAGUGUCCAUAGUAUUGUUAUGAUAAAAAUAGUAAGCUUUCCAAAAAGGACCAACUUGGAAUAUUGAUUUCCCAAAUCAGUGGUUUGGACUCCAUGAGGGCAUAGUUCCAAAAUUAUUUUUUCCUAAAACAUUUUGCAUUAAAUUAUUGGUGCUUUGAAGCUGAAUUUGCUGCUUUGGCAUAGCUGAUGUCAGAACAAGGAGAACUGUGUCUUUUCUGCUGUCAAAUUGCACUGAAACUGUGAGUGUGUUGGCAUAAGGGCCUUUUCGGCAGCUGCCCCCAGACUAUGGAACACCAUCCCGAGAGAGAUUUGUCUGGCGCCG